AUGUCGCGCUCGCCCCGCGCACGCACCGUCGACGACGCCCCGCCCACGGACUGGCUGGCCGAGCUGCCACCGGAGCUGCACCUCCGCAUCCUCGAGGGCGUCGACGACUUCUCUGACUGCGCCGCCUUCAGCCUCGCGUCGCCGCGCCUCGGCCUCCUCGCCCUGCGCAGCGGCCUGGCGCGCUUCAAGGACCCCCUCUUCGCCGUGGCGAUGCGGCUGCUGCUCACUGAGCGCUUGCUUGCCGGAGCAUUUGUCGGGGCGCCCAUCAUGGACACGCUCAACGAGGCCACCCUUCGCGCCUACGCCGCCGACCGCCGCGCCACCGCCGACCACUUCCCGUGGCUUGCGAGGGUGAGCCCGGCGCACUGCCUCUCGUUGGAAGUGACGGGUGCUGGCGCGAGUCGCGCCGAAUACUGGAGACUGCGGCGCGGCGAAGAGAAUGACGCGAUGCUGCGGCGACGCCUCUUGCAGUCCGGCACGGUGCAGCACUACGAGGGCGGGCGAGGCGCGGAGCGGAUGGUGCGCUUGGUGCUUCCCAACAACGUGGUGCACUACGAGGGCGAGCGAGGCGCGGAGCGGGUGGUGCGCCAGGAGUCUGCCAACGGCAGCGUGUCGUACUACGAGGGCGAGCAAGGUGCGGAGCGGAACGUGCGGACGGAGUCUGCCAACGGCAACGUGUCGUACUUCGAGGGUGAGCAAGGUGCGGAGCGGGUGGUGCGCGUGGUGCUUCGCGGCGGCAUACAGUACUACGAGGGCGAGCGAGGCGCGGAGCGGAUGGUGCGCGUUGAGUUUGCCGACGGCACUGUGCAGUACUACGAGGGCGAGCGAGGCGCGGAGCGGAUGGUGCGGACGGAGUUGCCCGACGGCAGCGUGGCGUACUUCGAGGGCGAGCGAGGUGCGGAGCGGAAGGUGCGCGCGGUGAGUGCCGAUGGCACCAUUACGCACUACGAGGGCGACAACGGUGCGGAGCGGGCGGUGCGCGUGGACUUGCCCGACGGCAACGUGCAGUACUUCGAGGGCGAGCAAGGUGCGGAGCGGGUGGUGCGCGUGGUGCUUCGCGGCGGCAUACAGUACUACGAAGGCGAGCGAGGCGCGGAGCGGAUGGUGCGCGUUGAGGUUGCCGACGGCACUGUGCAGUACUACGAGGGCGAGCGAGGCGCGGAGCGGAUGGUGCGGACGGAGUUGCCCGACGGCAUGGUGCAGUACUACGAGGGCGAGCAAGGUGUGGAGCAGGUGGUGCGCCAGGUGUCUGCCAACGGCAGCGUGUCGUACUACGAGGGCGAGCAAGGUGCGGAGCGGAACGUGCGGACGGAGCUCCCCGACGGCAGCGUGGCGUACUUCGAGGGUGAGCGAGGUGCGGAGCGGAGGGUGCGCAUGGUGCGUGCCGAUGGCGCCGUUGGGCACUGCGAGGGCGAGAAAGGUGCGGAGCGGAUGGUGCGCGCUGAGUAUGCAAACGGCAACGCGGCGUACUACGAGGGUGAGAGUGGCGCGGAGCGGGUGGUGCGCAUGGAGUUAGCCAACGGCAACGUGCAGUACUACGAGGGCGAGAAAGGUGCGGAGCGGGUGGUGCGCAUGGAGUUGGCCGACGGCAUGGUGCAGUAUCUCGAGGGCGAGCGAGGUGCGGAGCGGAUGGUGCAGGCGGGCGCGAGCGAGGACAAGGCGGCCGCGGAGAAGCGGUACAAGGCCAUGCGGGUUGCAGAGCUGAGGAGCGAGUGCGAGCGCCUCGGCUUGGCCACCACCGGCGUCAAAGCAGCGCUCGUGGCGCGCCUCCUGGCGGCCUGA